GGCGCAGUGGUUUAAUGGAGCAAAGUGGCAGGGUUUUGGAGUACUGCCAUUUUUCUCUCUCUCUGUUCUCCUCUUUGUGUUUUUCGCUCUCUGAUCAAACCACUGAUAAAAGCUAAGCUCGUUGAGAAAAAUACCCUGGUAUUCUGCUUUCUGCUCACACCGAACAAACCAUGGCUUACGUCGAGAGAGGGAUUUCUGUCCCCCUUUUUCUUUUUGGUUUCCUUGGAGGUAUCUUACAAAUUCAAAUUUUCCCUUACUUCAAGUAAUUAAUUACAUCUCAAAUUGCAAGACUCAAGUGUGUGAAGCCAGCGUUGUACACAACAGCUUUAUUUAAAGGUUCUUAAGGCAGGAAAAGAAUAAUGUAAGUUAGUACUUUUUCCUAUACCCAUUUUUUCAUCUCUUUCUCUAUUUGUAGUAGUCCACGAAAAAUUGAUGCCAUUUUUUAGUUUUCUUUUAGGGAGGGGUUGGUUCAUGUGACCUCUAUGCAUAUGUUUGACAAAAUAUCUUUCUCAUAGUUGUAGUGAUAACAACAUCACAUUUCAGUUUUUCUUUUAUUGCAACAAGUUUAUAGAAAUUCUGGAACUAUAACUUUUUUUUAUAACCUCUGUAACUAUAAUAUUUUACUUGUUGCUUGGUUUGUGCCGAGUUAUGGUUAUUUUCUUCAGGGGUGCUGUUAAACUGCAACUUCCGUUGCCUAAAAAUGUUGAUGGAGUGACCCUGGAUCCAAACCCUGAUUGGAGCUUUGAUGCUUUACUGGUCGAGCUCAACUCGAUAGAGAAGAAGCUCAAUGGAUCAUCGAAAUUUCCAAUACCUUUUACCAAAGCAGAAUCUCGAGAACUCUCGGCUUCAAAGAAUAAUUCCCGGAGAGGCUUUAUUAUGCAAGUGUCUGAUGACGACAUGGAGGAUUUGGAAAGAGACACUAAGGAUGAAGUUGGUGAUCAUUUUGUUAUGGGGGGAAAACGUUUUGCUUGUGAUGAAAUCUAUCUGAGGUAAGUACUCAACAAUUGCA